AUGUAUCUGCCACUGCUGGCGAACGCUCCCGGCGCUGGAGACGGCCGUUCUUUUCCGCAGGUACGUGAAACCCAGCUGCAUACACAACCUAUCCCUCCAACCUCGCCCCAUCUCUGUUGUGCUUCCUCGGUGGAACUCAGACCGUGGCAUGCCAUUCCUAUCGCCGUCGUCACACCGAUGGCCCGGGCGGGAUCCGCCAUCCCCACGGCCGGGCCCCUCCUCGGUGGGCGCCCCUCCCUCAUCGCCGCCAACAACAGCGGAAGGUGCCGUGUCUGCACCGAGUGCCACGCCGUUUCCGACGUGGCGGAGCACAGCCACACGGCCAGGGCGCUCGGACUCCGCCCGCUCUUCGGCGCACCCUCCGGCUCAACCUGCGCGGUAGGCGGCUCCGGCGCAACGGCCCCCCGCGGAGUCGUCGUCGGGCGCUCGACCCGGGCGUCAACCCCGUGGACCACGCGGGAGCAGGAUCCGCGGUCAGACCGUCCUCGCCGGGCGCCCGUUCGUGGCACACGGCCACGUUGCGGCCAGCCACAGCGGACGCCCUCGUCUCUCCAAGGAGUGCCACAACGUCGCCGACGCGGCAGGGCACGGCCUGGACGCUCGGGCUUGGGCUACCCCCGCUCCUUGGCGGCUCCACCUCUGUCGCGACGGGCAACUAUGUUUUGUCUCUAA